AUGCCCAGAAGUAGAGACCUAUUGCGACGGUUAUGGUCCAGAACAAAUGGACGCAAGGAUAGCGAUGAUCCAGAUGAACAGCCACUACCCGAGGAUCUAUCAUCCAUCGAGGCAUCCAACAUCCUGGAGGCACGAGUGGAAAAGCGCAAACGAGAGCUAGGUUCGGAAGAUCCUGCCACGCUUGUCAGCAUGAAUAACUUAGGAUUCUCCUACUGGAAACAAGGGAGAUGGAAAGAGGCCGAAAAGCUACAGCUGUAUGUGAUGGAAAGUCGCAAGCGUGUUUUAGGACCAGAGGAUCCUCUCACUCUGUCUACGAUGGCUAGUUUGGGAUUUGCCUUCUGGGGUCAGGGACAGUACAAUGAAGCAGAAGAGCUACAAGUCUACGUAUUGGAGUGUCGCAAGCGCCUACUCGGACUAGAGCAUUCGGAUACCCUUGAGAUUAUGAAUAACUUGGUCUGCACCUAUCUCGACCAGGGCCGGUUCAAAGAAGCCGAAGAGCUACAGACCCAAGAGUUUGAGUUAUCUUCCCGGACGCAAGGACCGGAGCAUCCCGACACCCUCCUCAGCAUGGGCAAUCUGGCAUCUACCUACACGAAACAGGGCAAAUGGGCUGAGGCAGAGUGCUUGCAAACAAAAGUGAUUGAGCUAUAUUCUAAGAGCCUCGGGCAAGAGCACCCUUCAACUUUGGAUAGCAUGGCCAAUCUGGCAUCAAUCUACCAAGAGCAGGAGCGAUGGGAAGAAGCUCUGAAUCUGCAUUUCAAGGUCAUGAAAGCUCGCAAAGAGGUACUCGGACCAGCGCAUCCCGACACCCUGUCAGCUAUGGCUAGCAUGGGAUCCAUCUACCGGGAGGAAAAAAGAUGGGAAGAAGCAGAGAAGAUAGGCGCCCAAGUCGCUGAGGCUAGCAUGGAGUUGUUUGGACCAGAGGAUCCAAAGACAUUAGUCGCCAUGUCCAAUCUGGGAUCCACCUACCAGAGCCAAGGGCGCUUUGAUGAAGCGGCCGCGGUACAAGAACAUGUUGUGCAUAUCAGCAUUGAGCUACGAGGACCUACCAAUCCUCAUACACUCACCGAUAUGGCCAACCUAGCAUACACUUAUCGGGUCCAGGGACGACUUGAGGAAGCUGAAUCGCUGGAUAAGCUGGUCCUGGAAGCCCGUCGGCAAGUACUGGGACCAGAACAUCCCGAUACUCUGUCCAGUAUGAACAACCUUGCUUUUACCUACAAAGCAUCCGGCAAAAAGGAAGAGGCGUUGCUGCUCAUUGGUGAAUGUGUCGAGAUCUUGAACAGAGUUUUGGGUCCUCAUCAUCCUCGUACUACUCAUUCAACUGCCGCACUGGAAGAAUGGUGCAAGGUCGGGGCCUCUGGAUCUUAA